AUGGUCUACGAGCUUGAGCCAGCUUCGGCUUGGAGCUUUGCCGAACCUGCGAGCGAGCCUCCGUCCGGGCAGCGUCAGCAGCAGCGGCACAGCGGAGUCCAGGUUCGUGUUGGUCCAGGCUUGGUGAAGGAGGCAACUGAAGCAGCUGAUGGUGAAUCUGAAGACGCGGGUUCGGAUCCAGGCGUUCCCACUCUCGACGCAUCUCCUUCAACCCUCCCCACGCAUCAAUAUCGAACAGUAGCUGCUCCAAUCCAUGCAGCCCCCAGGGCUGAUAUUGGUACUCAGGGUGUUUCAAGUGAUGGAAUUGUAGAGAGGGAAGGGAGUGAGGAGGGUGAAGGGAGUGAGGAGAUUGAAGGGAGUGGGGAGGGGGGUGGGAUUGAGGAGAGGGAGGGGAGUGAAGAGAGAGAUGGGAGUGAAGAGAGGGAGGAUGCUGAGCGUGCGGAGAGAGACGGGAGUGAGGAAGGGAAUGGGAGUGAGGAGGAGGAUGCAUCCGGAAUCACGGCAAGGGCUCAAACUGUUUCUGAAGCAGCAGAGGAGACUGGUCCUGUUCCGGUCGCUGCAGGGGCAGCAGCAGGAGCAGGAGCAGGAGCAGGGGAAGGUGCAGGGGCAGGGCCAGGGGCAGAGCCGGAGAGGGCUAAGAAGGUGAGUGUGGACACGUUGGAAGAAGCACGGAUCAUACUCAAGGGAAUCGAUGGAGGGGAGGAUGGAGCGAGGGCUCAGAUGAAACGUGUUCAGGCCACUGCCGCAGGCGUAACAACCCAAGGCCAUGGCUCUGGUUCUGGCAACGGUGAUGGCGCUGCUGGUGGCAGUGGUGGCACUGGAGAGGGGGUGGGAGAGGAGGGAGGGGUGGACUGGAGCCACGGCCUGAAGGCAACGAGCAUGUAUGUGGUGAAGGACGGGGACACGUGCGAGGGGCUCGCUUACCAGCUGUUUCGAGGGUCGCCUGAAAUGAUGCGCGAUCUCAACCAUGGGUUUGUGUGCUCCGAUGCCACUCUCGCACCCAACAUGCAACUGUUCGUGCCGUGA